CUUAAACAAACUUGACAACUUGCAUUUUUUGUAUUGUUUACGGUUUACAGUUUCGAUUUUUUAUGAAAAUGGGUUAUCUUGCAAAUGCCGUACAGUUCCUCGUUUUUGCGGGUGCUAUAUACCUUCUCGUCUCGAAACCAAAGACAGAAUCGACGAAAAGUGCGUCUGCAAAGAAGCGUCGUAGAGUGCGUUCUAAACAAAAGAAGCGCUCGAAAUUGGAACAGAACACACAACAGCAGAGUGUUUUGCCGGAUACGAAACCUAAGACGGAGAAACCAGCAACAAAUGCACCAAAGACUCUUGUCAAGAAGUCAGCAUUGGUUGAUAAGAAAAAGCCGUUAGAACAAAAGGAGAGAAAAACGCUCGAGAAGAAAGAACUUCCUUCAAAGAAAGAACGUGUAAACACGAGUCCGGAUACCAACAGUCAGAAGACAGAAAGCAUCAACAGCGACACUUCUUCGUCAACAACUUCGUCGAAUUUGGAAACUCUUUCCUCCACUGUAUCAGAUAAUGUGCCUAAGAAAACCGUAAAGCCUACUGUGUUUCGUUUGGUCUCAAAAAAGACUCAAGAAAAUAAUGGAUUCCACGUAGUGCCACCCGCUGGUACAAAACCGGUCUCUUCCCAAAAGCUUACCAAGAAACAACGUCAAAACAUCCAGAAGAAGCAAAGGGAAAAGGCCAUGAAGGAGGAAGCCGACCGGAUUCAGCGUGAACGGUUGCGUAGCUACCGGCUUGAUCAAAUGCGAGAGGCAGCCCAUAAGAAAGCACCUCCGCCGCCCGAAUCGCAAUGGCAAACUGUACGUUCUACUUCUCAGGAGGACACGCUCUGGUAAAUGCAUUUGCAAAGUCCGCAUUCUUUUAGGAGGGGAUAAAAUGUUCCAUUCAUUCAUUCAUUUCACACUACCAUAACACGCUCGAAAUUUUAUCUAAUAGUACGAAACUUACUCGCUGUCACUCUCAAUAAUGCGACGUUUGGGGCGUCUCUGAGUUUCGGUGUGUUGAGAAGACACGGAUGUUGCAGAUGCUGAAACUGGAGUAGACACAGAUUCAGACGCGGAUCUGUUGGAGCGAAUUUCAGAUAAACGACGAGCACGGCCGUGAUCUGACGCCUCAGAAGCAGUUUCUCUUGCCUCUUCUUCCUCGUCACUUUGGGCGUGUGCUUCUUCCUCCUCCUCGUCUGCGAUGAAGUCAUCUUCUUCAUCUUCGUCCAUGUUUUCAUAGUAACCAGCGCCGGCCUGCUUGAUACGCUGCAAACGGUCCACUCGUUCGUUGUCUUCUCUCAUCAAAUCCUCAUGACGAGGCAUGUACGAGGGAAAUCCCUCGUCCUCCUCCAGCCCAAACCGGGCACCGUUUUGAAUUUUGCGUUUUUCCAACCGCCUCCGAGCACGGUUUCGUUCUUCCUCAUACUUUUCUGUUUCACGCUUGAGAAGCUCUGGAUCCUUCUCAGUAAUGAUUUCUUGAACACCGCGCGUCCGAGGCGGUGUAUUGAAGUACCGCAUAGCAGGAGCUCUUGCAGUUUUUGCUGUGUUGAUGGCCGAAGGCAGGAAGGUGAGACUUUGUUUGAAGGACGCCUGAACGCGCAGCAAGUGCUGGGCUUCAUGGGAAACAGUAAGGAAUGUAGGUUGCGAUACAGGUUUUGACUGAGCAUCAAAGAUGUCGUUUCCAAUUCGCAACGAGUAGGUGCCGUCUGACCACUGCACCAGUUGUGCAUUAGAUACCUUUUUUCCGUUUUCAUCAAAGCGCCAACGAAUGGUGUUGUCGACUUUGUGCUUGAUCAUUUGGCCCCAUUCCAUGUUGUGUUCGAUCAUCUCGGCAUCUGCUUCUGCCUCUGUACGGUAUACCUCAUGGUCAAAAGGACGUUGCUCCAUCGACAGGAAAUUGGGCAUGUGAGCGUGAAUUGUCUCAUCUUCUUGCUUUCCCGGAGGAUGGUAGUUGGGGACUUUGGCCUCAAACACUUUGACCUGUGCUUCUGGUCUUCCGAACGCGUCGCGUUAGCCAACAUUGUUUUUUCAUACACGGCACGCCUAGUGUCUAUGUCACUUACUCUUGUUCUUCACCCUCACUCUGUUCUUGGUGGCCUUCGGCCACCUCUUCAUCUGAGAACAACCAUUUUUCAUCUUCGUCAUCUACAGCGUCUUCGUUUUUACCACCGUUAUCGGUACUGUUUUGUUGUUUUUUCGACACAUUCGAAGAAGCGUCGCCGGUGCCCUCUUGCGGCUUGGACUCGUUUUCACUCACAUGUCCAUCGCUUUCGUCUCCAAAAAGGUCAUCGAGCUUUUCCUCAGACACUGUUUCUUCCUGCUCUGCCAUAUGCGUGAAAGAACCGCUUCAACCGUCAGCACAGUGUUUUUUGGUGGUGAGUCAUUUAAGCUCGAUUGACUCCAGGCACGUGAACUCGCGUAUUUGCGAUCGCUUAACUUAAUUCUGCUAUCUAUCUUAUCGAUGACAUCAUAGUCUGGGUGGGCGCUUGAAUCUGCAGCCGGUUGAACUGUUCCACUACGGACCAGUCGAUACCAAAACCUCUCACAUUUUGGUACUAAAUUGACCUUGACGAGCAUUUUCUGUGGUUUUAUUA